CGUGACGAAGACUUUGAUACCUCGUAUGAGAGCCUACUUGCGCUAGCCGCGACACUAGGAGAUGUCAAACCGCGUUCUACACCAGCAGAUGUACUCCGUGCGUUGCCGACUGGCCUAUACAAAGAGUGGCAGAGCCCUGGAUGUGAUCUCCGUUGCCCUAUAUGUCUUGAUGAUUAUGAAGACGCCGAUGAACUCCUAAAGGCGGAGCCGUGCAACCACUGGUGUCACCAAGGAUGUCUUGAGGUACCUUGGUUUUACACUCUUAUCUAUUCAUAUUAA